AUGGCGGAUGCACCUCUUUACAAGCGGCGUCGUGGGUACACCAGGGAGCUCCACGACGCUGACCUCCACGGAAACCAUAAGCUCCACGUUGUUUGCACAAGCAAGGGUGAAGACGUGGACAAGAUGUUGUCAACGCUCAGGAGGAAGCUCGGCGGAAUGCCCGUCAAACUAGUCGGCGUUGAUGUUGAGUACGCGCACUACGUGAAGCCACAGCGGACAGCAGUGCUCCAGCUAUGCGUAGAAAAAGAAUGCCUUGUCUACCACAUCUCUGCAGCUAAAGACAGGCCAAUGGAACUAGACAAAUUCCUCAUGAAUGGUGAGUACACCUUCCUCGGAUUCGCCAUUGAAGGAGACAAAAGCAAGGUGAAGCUAUCUGGUUUGGAGAUCAACUCCGACAACUACAUUGAUAUUCAGGGAAGUAAGCCCGAGGUCCGCAAUCAGUUCUCGUAG